AUGAAGUCAUUCACGAGUCUCCUCGUCGCUUCGGCGACUCUUGCGGGCGCCGCCAAGUUCUCUGAAUCAGAGUACGACACUGGUGCUGUUCACGAGCAGCUUAUGGGCAAGAAGUUUGCCACUUGGGACCGUCAGCGCGCCGAAGGUGCAUUCGAAGGAGAACAGUAUCCUUCGGUUGACGAGAAGGUCGAAUGCAUUGAUGGCAUUGCUACCGUUGUUGAGGGGGACGCGAACAACACGUUCCGGUGCAACAACAUGGAUUUGUACAACUUCAAGACUCACGCCGACCUUGGCUCUUUCGUUGGGCACGGUUCGGGUAGCUGGGGAUGGGUGUCCGAAGAUGGCCGCGAAUUUGCUGCCGUAGGUCAGGCCGAUGGCACUGCUUUCGUCGAAAUUGGCCCGAACGGCGAGCUGAUCUACCUUGGCCGCCUCCCUCAAUACUCUGAAAUCCAGAGAUAUUCCGCGUGGAGGGAGAUCAGGGCGUACAAAAACUACAUGUUGAUUGGAUCCGAAGCGUACGACCAUGGUGUUCAAAUCUUCGACAUGACCAAGCUCUUGGAUCUCGACCCAGCAAACCCCACGAACUUCACGCUGGAUGAGCAGACUGGCCACUUUUUGAACUACGACUACAUGCCCUGGGGUCGUCUGCACAACCUUGUCGUCAACGAGGAGCUCAACUACGCCGCUGCUCUUGGCUCCGCUCCUCGGUUCAACCACAGCUGUGCCUCGGGUCUGGUUUGGAUCGACCUAGAGGACCCCACGAACCCUACGUCACCCGGCUGCGCUGGCCAGGACGGCUACGUUCACGAUGCUCAAUGCGUCGUCUACCACGGGCCCGAUACCCGCUACGAGGGUAAGGAUAUCUGCUUCGGCUACAACGAGGAUACACUCACCAUCUACGACGCCACUGAGAAGACCGGUGUCAACCAGAGCGCUGUGCUCAGCAAGCUCAGCUACGUCGGUGCCACCUACACCCAUCAGGGCUGGUUCAUCGACCCUGAAUGGCACCAAUACAUCCUCUUGGACGAUGAAUACGAUGAGGACGAGUAUGCUGGCCCCGCCGCUGAUCAAUACCCAGUGACCUACAUCCUGGACGUCUCCAACCUCGAAGACCCCAAGCAAAGCGGCCUCUACAAGUCCAAGCAUUUCGGCGUCGACCAUAACCAAUACGUCUUCGACGGCCUCGCCUACCAGUCCAACUACGGCAUCGGCCUCAGCGUCCUUGACGUGUCUGGAAUCCCGGAUGACCCAUCCGGCGGAAAUGUCGAGGAGGUUGCCUGGUUCGACAUCUACCCUGAGGACGACCAUCUACCCAACCAGGGCAUCAUCGACUGGGUUGGAACGUGGUCGCACUGGGGAGGCUUCCCCUCCGGAUACAUCCUCGUCAACACGAUUGAGCGAGGCGUCUUCGUCACCAAGAUGACUGGCUUUGAGAAGAGGGCUCGUGGGAAGCGACAUGCUGCGCCCAGGAGAUUAGCUUAG